AUGGAUGAGGAGAAACCACUUAGUUCAGAUCAGAUUAAGGAUAAUGUAGAUAUAUUGAAAAGGAAACUCAGAAAAGACACUUCACCACUUUAUCAGUGUUUAUACUCUGCUAUAAAUGAGGCAUUGGUUCGCAAAUUAACUUGGAAGAAUCCCUUAGCCAGUCAAGUUAUUAGCAACAGGUCAGAGCUCAUACAAAAAUUACCUGUACAUCUGCAAAAAGCAUUUAUGAAACUGGCUCAGUUGAUGAAACCCACACUUAUGCCAAAGGUUAAAGACAUGUGUAGAGAAUUUAUAACAAAUACUUCCAGCCAUAAUUGUGACAAAAGAUUGCCAGGAAGGUUAAUCCAUGAUGGGACAUGGAAAGCUCCACUUGCUCUGAAUAUAUUCCAAACUGAGAAAAAAUUAGUAUUAGAAGAUUUUAAUUAG